ACAGGUAGCCUUCAAGGGCGGUGCAAUGGAGAGAGUGACUCACUGAGAACAUGGACGCCGAAUACGCGAAAUCGUAACUCUAGUGACUCUAGUUUGUUUGGAAUUGCUCUAAAUCGAUUAGUUUAUAUUGCUUAAAACGAUGGGAUGGCGGAUACCCUGGGGAUUAUAUCGGAACAACGCCGUGUUUCAGUAUUUAAUUAUCGGGCUUGCGGCGUGCCAGGUGUGUGCCAUGGAGGUGCGCACCUCCUCCGAGGUGGAGGCGGUGAACGGCAGCGCCGCCACGCUCUCCUGCACCUUCACGUCCAGCAGCUCCGUCACCUCCCUCGUGUCGGUGGACUGGUCCUACAAGCCGCAGAGCGGAGGGCCCUCGCAGUCAGUCUUCUACUUCUACUCCACCCCCCACCCACCCCCGCAGGGGCAGUUUAAGGGGCGCAUAAGGUGGGUGGGGAACCCCUCCCGGGGGGACUGCUCCAUCCUGCUGCUCAAUGCCACCUUCACCGACAAUGGCACCUACACCUGCAGCGUCAAGAACCCCCCUGACGUGCACGGCGCCCCCAGCCAGGUCCGCCUGUCCGUCGUGCCCAAAAAGGUCACGGUGCGCUUCAACGACGUGGCGGUUCUGAUGGGUCUGGUUCUGCUGCCAACGGUCAUCAUCGUUCCCAUCCUGCUGGGUCGCAUGUGGUGCCACGGCAAGCCCUGUGGGGUCAAGCGGUCAAAGCCUGCCUGCUCCCCCAUCGAGGUCAAAGAGCAUGAGGCAAAUGUCUAUCAGAACCCACCUUCGAAACAGAAGGGCCACUGUGUGGUGUGCUGUGAGCUCUAUUUCCAGGAUUCUGACUGUGAAGAAGAUUUAUACUUACACGACGAGAAACAGCGGGGAGAUGAAACUGUCGCAGAGACCGGGUUGUAGCUCCCUCUGCUGGUGGAGCAGGAGAAGUGCAGCAGUCUCCCUCCUCCUGCUCCCGGGACGGGGUGGGAACAGGAGGGGUGAGGAUGUUUGUUCAUGGAGGCCUGGUAGAAAAGGACUGCUCCAGGGGCUGUGGAUGUUUCACAUGGUGAAGGACAACAUGGUACACUGGCCGCCUUAAAACUCCACUCCCUCCCCUGCUGCUGGUCUCUGUCUCCCUGUAACAGGCCACUCAGAUUCACAGGGGAACAGCUGAAUAGAAACUAGCAGGGCCACUUUGUGACACGGCCGAUCUAACUGCCUAUUGGCAGUGCGGGACACACACACACACACACACACACACACACACACACACACACACACACACACACACACACACACGCACACACGCACACACACACCUGGCACGUACACACACACACACACACACACACACCUGGCACGUACACAACUGUAGAUCCAUAUAAGAGCUGUGCUGUAUUCAGGUCUGCUCUAGCUCUCAGUGUUGUCCUGGGUCCCUGAGUGUUCUCAGCCCUGGUUUUCUCUUGAUGGAUAAUGCUGGACUGGUUGAGCUUUUAUUAAAAAAACAGGGCUUUUAUUGGCAAGUUCUUGGAACUGUCUCCCCCCUUAAAGUUUUGGGCACUUGUUGCAAAUCAUUAGCUGAUCAUUAAAUUGUUCCUCGCCAUGGAAGCCCAGUAAAGGUCAGUAGGUGCUGCUGCUUUUUGUUUUCACCUCCAAAUUAGAAGAAAAAUUGGCGGAUCCAGCAGCCCUCCGGAAUCCGGGAUAACCAUCCCCAUUUUGGGAUUUAAAUUGGACAAUUGAACUCUGAAUUAAACUCAAUUAUUGUGUAAAGCUUUAUUUAAGGAAGAGAUGACUUUACUUGUUUCUAUUCAGACAAAUAUUCCCAAACAAUAUUUGUUCAGUUGAGAGCUCAGUCAUAAAUAAAUAAUGAAGAUUUGAUGAAAACCAAGGAUCUCCACUCCCACAGUGCUUCCACAGAAAACUCCACUCCCUCCCCUGCUGCUGGUCUCUGUCUUCCUGUAACAGGCCACUGAGAUUCACAGGGGAACAGCUGAAUGGAAACUAGCGGGGCCACUUUGAGACACGGCUGAUCUUUCUGUGGAAGCACUGAUCAUUUUUUUUCCACCCAUUUUUCUUCCUUGUAAUUGUAAAGUGAACCUUGUUCAAGUCUAUAAUGUAAGUUAUUGUGUACUUUAUAAUGUGUGUGUUUUUUAUUUUAUUUUUUUAUUUACUGUUUGUUUUUGUUCAUGUGCUACCAGGUACACUGUUGCAUGGGUAUAGAUUCUUGGGCUGGUCCAGAACAAUACAAUACAACAGCCAUUUUGUGUUUUAUUUUAUUUUUAUUUUUUUUAUUUUUUUUUGGGUGAAAUGUCCGAUCCUCAUUCGAUGGAAACCUGUGGAACUUUGAGUGCUUUCAGAAAGCCGAGGUAAUCCUAUUACACGAUGGCCAGUGCCGGGUCCUCACUUUGAGCUGUAUUUGUAAAUGGUAAUUUGAUCUCCGUUCACAGUGAAAGUGCGAACCGCUUGCUGUGCUCACAGGAAGUGGAAUUCUUGUGGUUGACCAACCUCUAUUCUUCGUGCUGUUUAAGCACUGGAAUGGUACAGUUCUGGACUGGUUAUGGUUUUAAAACUGCGUGGUCUAACAGGUGGGACCUAAAAAAAAGUGCCAAUUGACCGUGCGUGGUUGUAUGAUCACAGUAUCCCUCCCUGCUGCAUGCUUCUCUUUCGUGUGGGACUGCGAUAAUGCACCGAGUUAAGGGAUUCCUCUUAUAUUUGUCCAUAAUGAGGAGAAAAUGUAAUUAUUAACUUGUAUUUUUAAUAUCUGACUCCUGGAUAUUCUUGGCAUUUAAUUCCUUAAGUAAGAACAUUAAUAUAUAAUUUCCUAUACCGAAGUUGGUAAUAUUUUAUAUGAAGUACAGAGUUUAUAUAGAGAUUAUUGCACAUAUUGUUCAUAUACAGAUUUUUCCAUUUGCUCAAUAAAAUACAUACUACACUCUAUAA